UAACAGUUGUACGAGAACGGAGAGAACUAUUCAGUGUCAACAACAGAACGUACGUUGACAUAUUAAUUAACUAUCAUACUCCGAACGUCCUCCAGUGAAUAUAAGAUAUGUCAAACAUAGUUCUUCUACUCACCGCGACGGCGCUGGUGACCUUGGAGGUUGCUUUGCAAGCUAACGCUCAAAUAAGCCACUCGAAGUUUAUUGACACUAAUAUAAAAAGAAGUAACUCGCCCAGGUGGCGAGCACGUGUUGUGAGCAAAUAUGUGAACAUAUUCGAGGCACCUCCAGAGACAGCGACACACGUGUCCGGCCGGCCCACGGUACUGAAGUGUGUGGCCGGAGGAAACCCGGCUCCCGUUAUCAAGUGGAUGAAGAAUGGAGUUAUAGUUGCAGAUCUAGAAGGAGUAACAAACGAGAUCUUCUCUGUCCAUCCUUCAAGCAUAGGCCGGAUGACCAGCAAGUUGGUGAUCGAAGCACCGGAUAAUGGUGAUGUUUUUACCUGUGUGGCCACCUCAGGAACCAAUGUACAAACUACUUCUACAACUGUCUUUACUGAUGCUCAACAAGAGCUAUAUUUAGCGAGCACGAACCAAGCACCAAUCAUAACAGCAUAUUAUGAUGAGAUCAUGCAGGCUAUGGGGACCACAAUCACCCUUCCAUGCAGGGUUCAUAGCACCACCACAGCGGAAGUCUACUGGGUGGACCAAAACGAUCAGGUUGUUUAUGGAAAUAAAAGGCUACAGGUACUUCCAUCUGGCGACCUUCGCAUACCAGAGCUGGUGUUCAGUGACAUGGGAGGAUACACGUGUGUUGCAGAGAAUAUGUUCGGGAAGGAUUCCUUCAACACGUUCCUCUACCCCUACUCACGUUGAGCUACGUAUACGCACUUUGCUUAGCUGCCCGCCGACAACUAUGUUCCUAUUUAACUUAUUAUUAGCUUUAUAACUUUAUGUAUGUGUCUAUGUUUAGCUUCUGUACUUAAGUAUAGUAAUUAUGAAGUACAAUUAUUUUAAGUUUCGUACAGUUUGAUUUUAAGUUAUAAUAUGUUGUAAUUGAUACGUCCUAAGAAAAUUUAAAAAAACAGUUUAUAUCCUAAUUUAAAUUCACUGGUUCUGUGUUUGCAGAGACAGAUUUCCACCGCAAAUUUUUUUUUAACGAUUUUAAUUUUUUUAAAACGAGAGUUUUUUCUCUCCUCUAAAACGAUAGAUUAUAAUGAAUAAUUUAACAAGAACCAAUUUCAAGAUUUUUUUUUUAUUUCAAAUACCUUAAAAAUGUAAAUACUAAAAUUUUAAUGGUUGAGUCAGAGAUCAGGCUUUGGUCAAAGAAUAAUAUAAUAGGCCCAUUGUAAUCUAAUAUUAAGAUCUUAAGUUACUUUGUUCACGAAUUAUCAGUGCAAUUUCGCAAAACAAUGAAUCUAAUCUUAUUCAAAUAUUUUUUCAAAUUGACUGACAUAAUACAGUGAUAUAUAUUUUAGUAUGUAUAAUUUUAACUCAAACCACGGUAUAUGUACAUGUACACGGUAUAUAUAACAUGUUUUGUGAUUUCUUGAUAUUUAGUUGGUAUUUAACUUUAUCCCUAAAAAGGAUAAUGUUUAAUUUUUAUGCCUGAGAUUAUUUUCGUAGCAAAUAUUAACUGAUAAUUAUUUGUAAUGAAUUCAUUAUCUCAAUUCAAUAAUAUACUCAACAUAUUUUCUUUGGUUUUGAGAACUAAAUGGACGAUGUUAAUACACAGAUACCUAAGUACAAGUAGUGCAAAGGGUUUUUGUCACGCUCUACAAACAUAAUACAAGUAAUAGAACAGUAUCGUAUCUACCGUCUGGCCGGAGUACUAGGCUGGGUACAUACAACAAGAUUGAACACGCGGACGGAGCGGCGCAGCUAAUUUUCACGCAUAGGACAGUUCUAGAAUUAAGUUAAAGUACUGUUAGAUUAUUGUAUUGUGCUACAGAUUACAAGGCGAUCCAUACAUAAUUAUGCAUUAGGUUAUGUUCUGCCAUCUGUCCUAAUUGUGUGAGUAGAUCGAUACCACACAUCCUGGUAGUUACCAAGGCCCAUCGACGCCCCUUUUCAAACCUUUGCCUGAUCAGGAACGUAGGGCGUUUCUUCUUGCAUCCUAUCCUUGUUUGGUUUUCUCUUACUUUUAUACUCUUGACAUGCGUUCUCCCUUCUGUCGAUCCUUUAGUCCAGAUACUUUUGACAUGGGUUCCUAUAUAAACAUCUUUAAUUUUUGAAAUUUACGACUAUGUUGACCUUUUCCACCUUUCCCGUUCAUAUUCGCUAGUUAUUCUAACCAGGACACUAAAGUGGCAGUGCAGGCUAACACCUCUCAGUCCUAGGCCUCACAGAUUGCAGAGCGUGUAGAUUCUGUAAUAGUCCAGAUGAAACCCCUGAAUGUGGUUAUAUACGUAGCUCGCCAAAGAGAUCAGUCCAAUUCUUCAACCGCUUCAGAUAUGAAUCAGCUCACUGAAAAAAAAAAAUAAGAUUCAUGAAAAGAAUCAAUCUUAGUAUUGAGGUAUAGUUAAUAGUGGUUCAUAAGUAACAGUUAUAGUGAAGCAGAGCUGCAUUGAACAGUACUAAAGCAACUAUUCAAACCUUAACCUUCCAUAAUAUUCGCUAACAUAAGAACUUAUACAUGUUAUUUUAAUUUAACUGUUUAAACUUAUUUAUUAAUGUUAGUUACAAUGUUGCAUUUCUUAUGUCGUAAAUUAUUUAAUGUAAUAUAAAUCAUCUCUAGUGUUAAGUGAAAAUUAUUAUUGAUAAUCUUUGUAUGGUUAUAUUGUUAAUAUAGUUUA